CCAAACUGAAAGUAGACAACUGACAACUCAACUAAAAAUGGCUGAAUUAACUGCAAGAACGCUUGGUAUCUUUUGUGAUUGUGUCGAUAUUUUGAUACAGGAACACGAACCAACAAAGACAGUGUUUGAAAUAAUAAGAUCACGAAUGGUACGAUUUGUAGAAAUACUGAAAGAAAAGUCAAAAGGCGAGGGAGACGUGGCACAAACUGGAAGUUCCUAUGAUGGCCUUCAUUUAAGCAGACUGCUACAGUUAUCGUCUGGAAAGAACGUUUUUUAUCCGCCGAUCGAUUUUGAUUUCAUGAUGACUUACGUAAACUACAGAAUUCUUGACAAGUCUGAUGACGAACCCGGAGAUAACGAAUUGAAACCGUUGGUGGAAGCUUCAAAAGAUUUCGCAAUUAUGGUCCCUUCGUCGUUUCCAGGGUAUGUUAAAUUACUAAUAACCGAAAAUGGAAGGAAACUUAUCAAGAAACCAAAGUGUGAAUUUGAAAAACAUAUUACCAAAGACGGUUACAUUCCAAAUUUUGUGUUUAAAACAAAAUUGUUCCCAGAACAAUAUGAUAAGGUCGAGGUUCUCUAUGAGCGCGAAAAAUCAAAAUACGUCACAUCCGGUCCAGCGUUGUCCGACUACAGUCAUGAAUCGGAUGGAUAUUCCUACGACUUUGUUCAUUCUUUUCCAUGUUUAACAUGGCCUAACGUUGCUAUUAACUGGACUCGUCGAAAGAAGCCUACAGGAUGGCCAUCAAACGAUAUGAUCAAGGAGAUAAUCAAAGAUGGGUGUGGCGUAGUUCCCACUGGGCAUCACUUAAGUGGAGAGGCGGAUCUUGAAUGGAGAAUUUCCUACAAUUCAGCAGAAAGAAAGUUAUCUCGUUCACUGUCCUCUCGACAACGAUCUUGCUAUUCAUUGGUGAAAUUCCUAUUGAAAACGGGACUUAGCCAGACCGCUAUUCUGACGUCAUACCACGUCAAAAAUAUCAUGUUUUGGUAUUGCGAGCAAAUGUAUGGAGUUGAUGAGUGGACAGAAGAGCUUCAAGGAAAGCGAAUUCUUGAUUUUAUUGAUUACAUUAUAAUUUGUCUGACUAAUUACAACAUUCCUCAAUAUUUCCAUCCUCCAAAUAAUCUGAUAGUUCACAGAUCAAAGGACGACAUCGACAAAACACGCAAAGAAGUCGUCCUGGUCAAAGAAAGAAUUUUUCAAACCUUUGUUCUGACAUUAUGCAAGCAACAGGUUUUUGAUGAAAUAAACUUGAAGGGGGUAUCAGAGCGCGGAGAGGUGGGGAACAUGCUUCUACUGUAUACUACAUUUGUACAAGUUUUGUAUAAGCUUGGAUUUCUGAAUAUUCAGCAGCCAAUCGCCGAAAGAUGUUUUCAUAACGUUGUUUCUCUCAACAGAAGUGUUCGUACGCUUGUAAAGGUUGCUUCUCCUGCCUUCUCUGCGCAGUCCGUACCAGAAUUACUUAAACCUUUUGGUCUGGCAUACAUGCAGUCUGGGGAGACGGAAAAUGCUUUAGCUGUGUAUGAAAUCAUGGUACGAACUGACAGAACAACAGUAGAGGCAGACUACCCAGAGGUUUUUACAAACAUUGGUUGUUUAUACAAUUUGAAAUAUAGCACCUCAAAGAGUAAAAACGACAGAAGUACUUUUCUAGCACGAGCAGAAGACAAUUUUCAGAAAGCAUUAGGACUGAUUAAGGACUCCCCAAGCCUACAUACAGCGUACGGAAGCUUUUUGCUGCACUCUAAAUCCAAUACAAAACUAGUGCUAAUUGCAAACAUGGCCGGGAAAGUAGCUUCCUGCUAUAUGCUCUGUGACUGCCUGAUUAAGUCAGACGAUAUUUACGAAGCAAGACGGGUAGCAUCGUUACUAGAAAGGAUCGUAGAAACAUCUCCGGUGAAACAAAAACAGUCUGAUUUGCAAAUUUGUUCCAUUGUGUAUGAAAGAUGUGGUUUGCAUGUGAAAGCAGAAUUGGUAAAGAACGAGUCGAAAAAGUACGCUGGCAUGUAG